AUGUCUGCACUGUUACUGGCUAGGGAAAAGUGUAAUUCAUGUAAAUACCUUUUGUGUUACGUUGAUACUGUUGAUGUUGCAGGUGUACUGAAUUGUGAUACUGUUUGUUUUAUAGGUGUACCUGAUUCUACAACUUUUGAUGUAACUUUGAUGAUUUGUUUGAUCCGAAACCUGACAUCUGUGUCCCGGCCAAUCAAUGGAUUUGACAAACUACCAUUAUCAGCGGAGACAUCUCCAGGACCUGAUCUAGCAAGGAUUAAAUGGUAUAGAAACAUAUUGGCUCAUCCUGACAAAAUCGCCACUGUUGAUUUUAAUACAGCAUGGAGUAAUAUAUCUGAUGCUGUAAGUAGAUUGGGUGGUCAGUCACUGCAUGAGGAGUGCCUAGAGUUAAAGGUGAAAAUCUUAGAUCAUUCAAAUCAGGAAAUUAUGCUAGAAAUCAAACAAUCACAGAAAGUGAUGGAAGAAAUUAGAGUUAUUUUGAAAGAUCCAAUUCCAUGGAACAUAAGAGGUCAAAUUAAAGAGGAAUUAGAAACUUGGACAGAAGAUGACAAAAUGUUUAUAGAAACAAACAUAGCAAAGAGUGUAUUAAAAUGUAUUAAAAACCAUGGCUGCGUUGUUGUCACCGGAAGUUCGGGAACAGGAAAAUCAUCAUUAGUGCGUCAUGUUGCUUUACGAAUGCACGAAGGGGACUAUGAUGUUUUACCGAUAACAAGCCCUAAAGAAAUCAUCAAGUGGUACAAUCCAAGUAAGAAAAUCCUAUUUGUUGUUGAUGACUUUUGUGGAACAUAUACCAUUAAUCCUACAAAGUUGGAAAACUGGAAAACUCUGAAAGAAACAAUUAAUAUAUUACUAGAAAAGAAACCAGUCAAAUUAAUCAUGUCUUGUAGACUUCAGGUUUUCAAGGAUGAAAAAAUGAAAUCUUUAUCGUUUUAUCAAUCAUGUGAAUGCAAUCUUUUAUCUGAAGAUAUGCGAUUAUCUAAAACCGAAAAACAAUCUAUUGCAGAGCUGUACUUGAAAUCAAACGCCUCCAAGAUCAAGGAAUUUUAUGACAUGUUUGACUGUUUUCCUCUUUUAUGUCAAUUAUACAGCAAAAACGCAAAUUUGAGAAUGGUAGAUUUCUUUAGGAAUCCAUAUACAGUUUACAAAGACGAGAUAGAUAAAUUACAGACGGAAGGAGCACAUGCAAAAUACUGUGCACUUGCUCUAUGUGUCAUGUUUAACAAUCGUUUAAAAGAAGAAUUGCUCACAGAAGAUGUCGAUAAAGAUAUCGAAUCAAUUAUACAGAACACGUAUGAAGCUUGUAAAGUAAUGAAAGGAACAUCUCGAUUGGUACUUCGUGAUGAGCUGGAUUCACUUACUCAUACUUUUAUUCGAAAGGAUGGAGAAGUGUAUAGAACUAUUCAUGACAAGCUGUUUGACUUUCUUGCUUUUUAUUUUGGCAGUACAAUGAUUUACUGUUUAAUUAAGAAUGCUUCAAGUCAGUUUAUUCGUGAAAGGUUUGUUUUUCAAAAAAAAGGCAAGAGAGAUGCAUAUUUAAUAGCUGUAUCAGAAAGAUAUCAGCAAAGUUAUAUCAAUAGAUUGGUAGACGACUGGUUAAGAGGAAAGGUAGUAGAUGUCUUCUGUAACAUCAAUAUGGACGAUAAAAUCUUCAGACAAAGAAUACUUGUACACUUAAAAGAUAUAGAAAUAUCACAACAGAAGGAACUGGCUAGUCUACACGACACAGAUUACAAAAACACUGCAUUAACACUGUGUUGUUAUAAAGGAUAUAUUGAUAUGGUUACAUGGUGCUUAUAUCAUUGUAACAGUAUUGUAAACCAUUGUCCUAAAGAUGGAGUAUCACCUCUGUAUUGUGCUUGUCAGGAAGGUCAUACUGAAGUAGUACAGAUGUUAAUAAACAAUAAGGCUGACAUCAAUAAGUGUAGAGAUAAUGGAGUGUCACCUCUGUACAUUGCUUGUGAGAAUGGACAUACUGAAGUAGUACAGGUCUUAUUGAGCAAUAAGGCUGACUCCAAUAAGUGUAGAGAUAAUGGUGCAUCACCUCUGAGCAUUGCUUGCCAGCAAGGACAUACUGAAGUAGUGGAAAUGUUAAUAAACAAAAAGGCUGUCAUCAAUAAGUGUAAUGAUAAAGAAAUAUCACCUCUGUUUAUUGCUUGUCAGAAUGGACAUACUGAAGUAGUACAGAUGUUAAUAAACAAUAAAGCUGACAUUAAUAAGUGUAACGGAACAGGCGUAUCCCCUGUUUGUGUAGCUUGUUAUAAAGGUCAUAUAGAGAUUGUUGAAUUGUUAUUAAAACAUGAAGCAGAUUGUAACAUUAAAUUAAGAGGACUAAAACCACUAGAUAUUGCAAGAAGAGAAAAUCAUAUAAAGAUUGUACAUUUAUUAGAAAAUAAACAAAAUAUGCAUUAGAAGUUCGUUGGGCAUGAUAAAUCAAUUAAAGUAUUUUUCUCUAAUUAUAUAUUUAGAUAUAAGGAACUGUUAUCAUAAGAUAUAAUUGCUAGAGGAGAAAUUCAUACUGAUAUUGUAAAUGUAUUACAAAAUUGAAAAAAAUGUAAAUUAGAAGUUAGGCUGAAAUGAUCAGCUCGUAAAAGAAGUGUAUUUAUUAUAGUUAUCAUUAAAAAGUAUAACGAACUGCCUUCAUACCAAUAUUGUUUGUUUAUCUGAUAGACUAAUUAGAUAUUAAAAUGUUAUUAGAAGCCUAAACAGCGUUAUGAUUUUACAGCACAUUCAACUUGAGGACAAAAAACAUUAUUAAACAAAACUAGUUGUAAAAUGACUUUCAAAUUACUUUUGGUAUGUAAUGUUAAAAACUUAUAUCAUAUUCCAAAUUAGUUCUUUUAUCAAUUUUGUCAUAACAUUCUGUCUGACAUGUCAUGAUACUUGGUGUAAGUAAUUUUGGUAAGUUUUGGUACUUCUUAAUGAAUUUACCAUAGGUCUAUUUUUGUCUUGAAACGAAUGUCAGUAACGUAAACUUUUUUGUAUAAUGAAGUUUCAUAUCUCAGAAAGUAUAAAUGAUCUAUAUCCUUUAUUUGCA